UGUAUAUUGUUUAUCCUAAUGCUAAGCUGAUCACUUCUUACAGUACCUCAACUGAUAGUGGAAUGCUCUAGUAUUUAGGUUUAACAGAGUGUUAUUACAGAUUUAGCAACUUUGUCAAAAUACAAUAUAUCCUCCAUCAUUCUGAGUUUGUAUGUGCUCCAAUAAAUGGAAUAACAUGUGAAACUGACCCUACCUGUUUGAAAUCUUAACUAAAUUAUCUUUCGACUUUUUCUGUUUUCCUCUUUCGCAUGGAUUACUUAUUGUCCACCAAAGCUAUCAGCUUUGGUUUCUUUCAGCACACAGAAGAUUAAUGCUAUUUGCCUACUGGUAUUCACAAAGAGGCGGCUUCCUUCAACUUUUUAGAUUCACAUUCAGCGGAGAAGAUAUAACUCAAAGCGGCCCAGACUUCAGAGAGUUUCUUAUUUUUGUGCUUCCUCUGGCUUCCAUUUAUAAGAUUGAUUUGCCAGAGCAUCAAAUCCUUGAUUUUACUUAUAAGUUUCAGACUGCUGUAAACAUUUUACAAUGACACGAAUGAAGAAGGUGGUGCUCCUGCUCCUUAUUGUAACCUCUGUUCUUGUUGUUCCACCACUAACGAGUGCAUAUGGUCAAGAGCGUGUGGAAUCAACUAAUAAGUUGAGUUCUGAGAUGUUAAUUGACAUUGAAAUCCAUGGAUUGCUCCUUUGGGCAUCAAUGGGUUUCUUGAUGCCUUUAUCAAUACUUGCUAUCAGGAUGUCAAACAGACAAGAAUCCGGAGGAAAAUUCAAGUUCAUGUUCUACAUGCAUGCAACUCUUCAGAUACUUUCAGUACUUCUUGUCACAGCAGGAGCCGUUCUGUCGUUAAGAAAGUUUGAGAACACAUUCAACAAUACUCACCAGAAGAUGGGAUUAGCCCUUUAUGGUGUCAUAUGGUUGCAAGCUUUGACUGGCUUUUUCCGCCCAGAAAGGGGAAAUAAAGGAAGAAGCAUAUGGUUUCUGGUACACUGGAUCCUCGGGACUACGGUAUCGCUGCUGGGAAUCAUAAACGUGUACACAGGCUUACAAGCCUACCACAAAAAAAGUUUGAAAAGCACAAAGUUAUGGACAACAAUUUUCACUGCUGAGGUGUUCUUCAUUGCCUUCCUGUACUUGUUUCAAGACAAAUGGAAGUAUAUUAAAAGGCAAGGAGUCAUUUUAGGUGAUGCACCGAUCCAACCUACUGAUCAAGAGAUGAAUGCCAUUUCGGUGCCCAUCGAGGAGAAGAAAAUCAGCUUCAGCAGAGGUACCUUGAGGAAACUCAUGUUAUAUUCUCAAUGAUGACUAAGCUUUUUGGUGUAAAAUUUACAGUCGUAUUAACUUAUAAGUACAUGCUGUGGUUUGGUAAUAAUAUUUUUGGCAUUUGGAUUGUA